CCCACUCUCCUCUGGCUCCUAAUUCCAGUAGUAACAAAAGCAUACAAUAAGAGAGAGAGAGAGAGAGAAUAGAGGGCCAAAUCGUAGUUUGAUGAAAACGGAGAAGAACCUCAUCAUCAAAAGCCUCUCUUUUCAUCUCAACCAUGCCAUUUUCAAGAACUUUGACUUUGAGGCGUGUAUUUCUGCUUCCUGGAUUUAGUACUUUCCGACCGAGAAAUGCAAAUCUCUAGAUUCAUUCCUUCUUGGCUCUUGGACAUUCUCGCUUGCAUGGGAGGCUGUCUUGGAUGCUUUACCAAGCCCUCGCUUAUUAUUGCGGUAGAUGAGCCAUCGAAGGGACUGAGAAUACAAGGCCAGCCGGUGAAGAGAUCUAGUUUUUCGGAGGAUCUUUGGAGCACUAGCACCAUUGAAAUGGAGAAUGGUGGGCUCCAAUCCUCCCAGAGAAGCAUCUCAUCACUCACCACCUCAAGCCAUGCACCUGAUCCCAACAGUACUUCCACGAGCACAAGCAAUCCUCACGAAUUUGUAAAUCAUGGCCUUCUUCUCUGGAAUCAAACAAGGCAGCAAUGGCUUGGAAACAAAUCAUCUCAGAAUAAGAUGCAAAUUCGAGAACCCAGAAUAAGUUGGAAUGCUACUUAUGAGAGUUUACUUGGAACCCUCAAACCUUUCCCACAACCAAUCCCACUUUCUGAAAUGAUAGAUUUCCUUGUUGAUAUUUGGGAGCAAGAGGGCUUGUACGAUUGACCAAGCAAAACACGAAAACAUAUUAAAUUCUUUAUGUUUUUUUUUCCCCUUUUGUUUCCCCGUUUUUCUCAUUUGUAAUUCAUGUUUAAGUGCUAAUCAGAUUCAUAUUGCGGACCCAA